AUUGGCCCCGUGUAUGGGCGCCUUUCUCGACGACCGACGUGCCACCACCUUUUCCGCGCCAUGGAGCCCUCGAGGGAUGUCCCUUGGGCCGAGCACGAAAAGCUCUGCCUUCUCACCGAGAUCAUUAAGGCCUCCCCCGUCUCCUCGGACGCCCUCUUCCACUUCGUCCGCGCCCAUGGCAUCCAGCCCCGAUGGUUCGACAUGGCCCUUCCCCAAGGUACGGACGUCUCGCUGAGGCACGCGCCGCCGACUAACGUGACCGAACAGGCCGCUCUCUCCGCCAAUGCCAGGCUGCCUUCCAGGACAUCUUGACCAGCAAUUCGGCGGACCCUCGAAGUGCCGGUCCCGUGCAGUACCAUCAUCAACCACCGCCCAUGUACGCUCCUCCUGUUGAAAUCCCCAGAAAGCGCCCACUGGCUCCAGACGUCGUCAGCACCCCCACCGGUCGCCUGCUGCAGCCGCGCCCUCCCAACGCGUACCCCGCAGAUGCCGUAAGCGGUCUGCCGUACAUGCUGUCGC